AUGGGCGUCAACAUUCGGUACACGCGUGCAGAGUUGCUGGCGCUGGCGCAGAAGCAGCAUGAGUACAACCUCACUGCUGGAGCCUUGCAGAAGUUUAAGGUGAUUGAGGCAGAGUCCAUUGCCCCGGAGACGUCUCCGCCAGAGUCGCAUCGCAACGACGCCGGUGGGCGAAAGGGAGAGGGAAAGAAUGGAGCGGGCAGCCGCCGCGCCCCGAAUACCGAGCGUUUUGCCCCUCCGGCACGCAUUUCCCGGGGCAACAAGGACCAGGAGGCCUUUGAAGAGGGCUAUAAAUAUGAACUUGAGCGUAAUGCCAUGAAGAAACAGGCACUACAGGAGACGAUGGCAAAGGAAAAGGAAAGGAGUGAUGCCGUGGCUAGUUCCAAAGGGGAGACGAAGCAAGAGGUCGUGGCACCUGUGGAGAAGGAAGAACCGAAGCUCAACGAGGAUGAUGAGGUGGAGCGUUGGAUGACGAGCAUUGCAAUGAGCGAAGAAGUAACAAAAAAGGUCACCAAGUCUCGUUUCUUCUCUGGGAAUGAUUCCGACAAUAAGGGUGCGGUAGCCUCUCCUUUGAGCGGAGGGCAAGCAUUUAAAGAGACAUCUGCAUUUUCAAUGACAACAACGAGCAAGGAUCCGUGGGCCCUGCAGGGGGUAAUACCCACAACAACUGGAAAUGCGGUUUGGGGCAACUUGGAGACACAACGGAACUCGGGUAUUGCGCUGGCGCCCGUUACUAACAGUGCGGCCGCUCCCAGCGUGGUUGUAGGCCAGGUACAGUUGCCCGGGCAUUCUGGCGUCUCGGCCCCCUCGUCAGCUCAAAUGGCUGCCUCAGGCGCACUACCAACGUCGGCAGCUCCAGCUCCAGCUCCUGCCCCGGCGGCGGCGGCAGCGCUGUUGGCAGCAGGGCCUUCUUCCGGUUCGCAGAAAACAACAAUGACAACAGCGGCAGCACCCCUACCGAAUAAUCCAUCAGCCAACCCUUCGACUCAGGUGUGGAACGCACAAGAUUUAGAACAGAUGCUUUUGAGUGGUCAGAAAUUAAAUAAACAACAAAAACCAGAGGCAGCUAGGCCCAAGAUCAUCGAUGCUGCAGCUCUCGAAUCUCAGCUGCUUUUACAGGUGCAAAAGAACAUGGCACGCUCUCAGCCGCAGACACAAGCAAAUGUACAGCAACAGCAACAGCAACAACCACAGCAGCCCCCGCCAGCAUCCCAGAUCGCAUCAAUGACUGGGACUCCACCGACAAUUCCACCAUCUGGCCAGCGCCGGGCACCGCAACUUUUUUUACCGCAGUCCCCACCGCAAUUGUCAUCACAGCAGCCUGUUCCGAUCCACUGGGGAGCAACCAUGCAAAAAGCGCCUCCGCAGCAAAUGCACCAGAAACUUAUGCAGCCACAGCCACAACCGCAACCGCAACCGCAGCACCGACAUCCCAGCAUGCCGCAGCCGGUACCCUUCAUCAUAAGCGGUGCUCAAGGUUCCCCCUACUUUCCUCAACAAGCUGUGCAUGGUCACUAUGUGACUGGCUUUAUGCCUGGACAGGGACAGCAACCGAUGAUGGUCUAUCGUACUCCGGAUGGAACAACGCAGUAUGCGGUGGGAUCUACGGGAUAUCCGCCCAGCGCACAGCUACUUUUUUCACAGCCGCAGCAGCAGCAACAACAACAGCCACAACAACAGCAGCAACAACAACAACCGCAACGUCGGUAG